AAAAAAAAUAGAAGGAGUUGAGUUAAAAAGGAAAAGGAGAUAAUGGUUAGUCUGUCGACGACAAUGAGGCGGCUGGGAAUCAUCACCGUCACUAAUUCCGCCGUCGUCACUCCGACGCUAAUCUCUUCGACGGCGUCUUUCGCUAGAAACCUGACCUUACCCUCGCCCCUCCGCAAUCACGGCCUUACCAAUUCCAUUCGUUUCCUCAAAUCCCGAAGCCUCCUCUCCUCCUUGUCAUGUUUCUCUUCUUCGGCAGCUUAUCUUCCCGCACUCGACGAGUUCCCAUCAACUAAAGUAGGUUCUGUAGCAAUGAGAGAUGAUAAGAAGAAGGUGAUCUUGAAGGGUAUGAGCUACGCUUCGCUCCAAGAAUGGGUUGAAUCGCAUGGGUUUCGACCCGGACAAGCUAUGAUGCUGUGGAAGAGACUUUACAAGGAUAACAUAUGGGCAGAAAAUGUUGAUCAGCUUGAAGGCCUGAACAAAGAUUUCAAGAGAAUGAUUAGUGAGCAUGCCGAGUUUGGGGCAUUAUCUUUCAAGGAUGUUCGUUCGGCUUCAGAUGGAACUAGGAAGAUUCUGUUCACGUUGGAUGAUGGGCUUGUGAUCGAGACAGUUGUUAUACCUUGUGAUCGUGGCAGGACAACUGUUUGUGUUUCGAGCCAAGUGGGUUGUGCCAUGAAUUGUCAGUUCUGCUACACCGGCAGGAUGGGUUUGAAAAGAAAUCUCACUGCUGCUGAGAUAGUUGAGCAGGCUGUUUACGCAAGGCGGUUGCUUUCCCAUGAAGUUGGGUCAAUAACAAAUGUUGUGUUUAUGGGAAUGGGAGAGCCAUUUCACAAUAUUGACAAUGUCAUCAAAGCUGCAAACAUAAUGGUAGAUGAGAAUGGACUUCACUUUAGUCCACGCAAGGUCACAGUCUCCACCAGUGGCCUUGUUCCUCAGCUAAAGCGUUUCCUUCGUGAAUGUAAUUGCGCUUUGGCAGUCAGUCUUAAUGCAACAACCGAUGAGGUUAGAAACUGGAUUAUGCCGAUCAACAGGAAAUACAAGUUAUCUUUGCUCCUUGAGACGCUCAGAGAAGAACUCAGUUCAAGGCACAAGUACAAAGUGUUGUUCGAAUACGUGAUGCUCGCUGGAGUGAAUGACAGCAUGGAAGAUGCAAAGAGGCUAGUGGAGCUUGUGCAGGGAAUCCCAUGCAAGAUUAACCUUAUUCAGUUCAACCCACAUAGUGGUUCUCAGUUCAUACAGACCGAUGAAGACAAGAUGAUCAAGUUCCGUAAUGUUCUGGCUGAAGGAGGCUGCACUGUUUUAAUGCGGUUUAGCCGAGGCAACGAUCAAAUGGCAGCGUGCGGGCAGCUUGGCAUGCUUGGUGCUAUUCAAGCACCAGUGAUGAGGGUGCCUGAGCAGUUCCGCACCGCUCUAAAAGCAUCUGUUUGAUCAGUCAGAAGAUUAGAGCAAAAGAUGUACUCUCCAUGGUGUGAAAUAACAUUGAUUAGAUUUCAACAAGUUUUCUUCAGAGGUUCUUUAACAAUUUUAAAUAUCAAUUUUAAAUUUUUUUUUCUUCA